GGGCUCAGUUGUUUUUCUCCGGCUUCACGAUAGUUUGCAGUCUCUCCCCGUCUUGUGUGUAAACUGAUACAUACAGGCUCCGUGUAUUGUCGUGGGAGAGAGAGAGAGAGAGAGAGAGAGAGAGAGAGAGAGGGGGAGGAGUGAGAGAAGAUACUCCAUCUCUCUUUUUCUUGGCCGCUGUACCGCGGGCGCUUACAGUUCAACGUGCAGUUUCUUGCCAGUUCAUGAGGGCGGACUUAAUCCAAAGGUGUGUUCGUCUUUGAAUCUGAAACACACCUGAAUUAAUUCUGUAUUUACGUUUUUUUGGGCGUGAAGAAAAGUCGCUUGUCGUGGGGAAAGUGCCAAACUUCCAUACCGUGUCACAUUUCCCGGGAUUUAGAGCGUCGUUGCUCGCGCGCUCCGUUCAGCAUCUCACAAUGUUUCCUCUCCCGGGGAAGAGCUGAACUUUUUACGGACGGUGACAACGUAGACAACAGGACUUCGUUUGGGUUGUAAAAACAGAGGAGACGAACCAUUAGGACAGCGAGUUCGUGUUCAACUACCGAUUCCUGAGAUCCUCCUCAGAGAGACUGGCUCAAAGGGCUCAUUUCUCUCUGAAGUACAGAGAUGGCGUGGCGGUGGGUCCUGGCUGCCAUCUUGGCGACGUCGUCUCUCUCCGCCUUCAACGAGUUCACCUCCGACACCCUAAUCAACAACGUAGUCCAGGACCCAAUCACCAGCCGGCUGUAUGUGGGCACGGUCAAUGCCCUCUACCAAUUGGACCAAUCCCUGCUCCCUGAGGCACGCACCAGAACAGGACCCGAAUUGGACAACCGCCAGUGUACCCCGCCCGUGACUUCCUGCGAGGAAGCAGUGGAGACAGACAACCAUAACAAGCUGCUCCUCAUCCAUCCAUCCAAAGACAUCUUGAUAGUGUGUGGGAGUCUGUACAGAGGAAUCUGUUCUCUGAGGAACCUGUCUAAUGUAGAGCAGGUGCUGUACUUCAACGAUAAUAAAGGAGAGAAGUCGUACGUGGCCAGUGCUGAGGAGAGUGUGUCAGUAGUAGGGGUGAUGUCUUACUACUUCAGCAAGGACAAGGAGAACUUCACCGUCUUCCUGGUGGCUAAGGGCUACGGCAGCCAUGACAGCACCAAGCUGAUCAGCACCCGUAUCCUUCAGGACAUUCAAGACUGGGUGAUGUUCGACAGCAUCAUCGAGGCCUCGGCCGUCCAGUCCAACCCCUUCACACUGCGCUACCUCCAUGACUUCAGACACGUCUUCAAGGACGAGGGCUUUGUCUACUUCCUGUUCUCCAGAACCCUGGGCGCCCAGGAUUCAGGAACCAAGAACUUCACCUUUAUCUCCAGGAUGUGUGAGAACGACCACAACUACUACUCGUACACAGAGCUCCAGCUGAACUGCAGCGCGGGGAACAAGUACAACAAGGUCCAGGCAGCCUACGUUGCCCUCCCAGGAGAAGCCCUGGCCAAGAAUAUGAGCUCCUCUGGCCAGUACGGACCGGUUGGAGCCCAGGAUAAGGUUGUGUUUGUGGUGUUCAGCUCGGAUGACGACAGCUCGGCAGUGUGUAUGUACCCACUGAGGGCCAUCAACCAGAGACUGGUGGAGAUCAUAGGAGCCUGCUACAGCACCAAGGGACAAAUAAACAAUAAGUCUGCCGUCUACUCACCGUACUCCUCCAAGUCAGACGAGCUGUGUAAAAUUGAAAAUGAGAAGGGCAUGGUGACCACCCAAAGGUGUGGUGCUGAGUUCCUGCCCUCCCCGCUGGCCAGCAGGGCAGAAUUCGCCCUGGCAACCAACCCCGUUUUCACCAAGAAGGGCCUGAUGACCGCUGUGGCCGUCGCUGUGGAAACGGAGCACGCCGUUGCCUUCCUGGGGACUACUUUAGGAGAGGUGUUGAAGCUGCACCUGUCGGCCAGUCCAGAGGUGUACGGCCGCGCCCCUGGGGAGAACACCGGGGACAAGGUCAACAAGAACCUGCUGUUUGACACCAGCCUCACACACCUCUACAUCACCACAGAGAAGAAGAUCACCAAGGUGCCAGUGCAGGCUUGCCACCUGAAGACAGACUGCCAGUCCUGCGUGGCACAGAAAGACCCCUACUGUGGCUGGUGUGUGCUGCAGGGCAAGUGUACCAGGAAGGGAGACUGUCCCAGGGCUGAGGAUGACAACACAUGGCUGUGGAGCCCCAACCAGCAGUGUGUUCAGAUCCUGGCCUUUAACCCACCCAACCUCAGCUGUAGGAAGACCCAGCAGGUUGUAAUCGACAUCCCCUCCCUCCCCAAGAUCGGCCCUUCUGACAUUAUCGAGUGCAGGUUUGGUUCAAACACUAGUGAAGCUGUGGUGAUGGACCAGAAGGUCACCUGUGCCCUCCCUGACCCUGUGAACAUCCCCUCUACACCUGACAAGCAGGACUUUGUGACGAUGCAGGUAAAGAUCCUGGUCAACGAUGGCAUCGAGGUGACGUCCAGUGAAUACAAGUUCUACAACUGUGCCGCCACCGUCAGGAAGUCAGAGAACACGCCGUGUAUAGCAUGUGUGACCAGUGAGUGGCAGUGCCAGUGGAAUGCCCAGGACCACACCUGCAGUGACAGAGAUGACUCUGUAGACGGAGUUCACAUCAUCAAAGCCCAACAAGCUGAUAGCUGUCCUCAGUUUGAGAACCCAGACCCUCAUCUCAUCCCUGUAGGCCACCCCAUCCCCAUCAGCUUCCAAGGGAAGAACCUGGACAUUUACAAGGAUCACACGUUUAAGAUUGGCACGGAGCUCAUGAAACACAUGGAGGAAGAGUUCACCUUUAAUGAGGGGUUAAAGUUCAACUUCAAGGGUUAUGAGUUUUCCUACGACAAGGAGCAGGAGGUCAAUGUGUCCUUCCACAUCAAAGACAGAGACUCAGAGAAGAAGAUUGACAGCACUCUGACUGUGGUGCUGUAUAACUGUUCUCUGGGUCGUGAGGACUGCAGCCUGUGUAAGAACGCCGACCACAAAUACAACUGUGUGUGGUGUGCCAACAUGAGGUCCUGUGUGUACAGAAAAUUGUGCAGGUCCCAGGAACCAGCGCAGUGCCCCAACCCCAAGAUCACUGACAUCAUCCCUCGUUUCGGGCCUCUGAAAGGCGGGAUAGUUGUGACCAUUAAAGGGUCUAACCUGGGCAUAAAGGAGGAGCACAUUAAGAAGGUGACGGUGGCUGGAGUGGACUGUGUUCACCAGGGGGACAGAUACUCUGUCUCCACCAGUGUUGUGUGUGAGAUCGGUCCGGUCCAGUCUUCAGCUUCACUGGACCCCCCAGGGCCCAUCAACCAGGGGGUAGUGGAGGUAGAGGUGGAGGGGGGCAGGACAGGACGUUCAGAGGUCCUCUUCACCUAUAGGGACCCCAUCCCUGAGAAAGUUUCCCCCUCUACGGGCCCUGCGGCCGGGGGAACAGUCAUCACCAUCUCUGGGAAACACCUGGAUACGGCAAACAAGGAUGAUGUCAUUGUCACCGUGGGUGGAACGCCCUGUGAAGUGUUGUCGUUUGGCAGUGAGAUCACCUGUGAGACAGGUGUAUACAAGGGACAAAAGGUUCCAUCGGAGACCCUGAGUGUCUCAAUGAGGUAUGGGAAGAGCACCACCAAGGACGUCCCUGGCUCCUUCCAGUACUCUGAGAACCCCAAACUCACUGACUACAGCCCCAAGACCAGCUUCGUAUGUGGAGGCAGGAGGAUCGUGUGUGUGGGCAGUGGUUUUAACCUCGUCCAGAGAGCCUCCAUGAAGGUGCUGCCCUCUGCUGAUGAUUUCUCUCAGUCCCCUCCCAUUGAGUUUAUCGAGUAUGCCGUACAUAAGAACGACACUGUGCUGCUGUUUGACAGUCCAGCGGUGAACAGGUCCUCUGAGACCCAGUCCUUUAGGACCUUCCUCCAGCUAGACAAAGUGGAAGAGGAACUGAAGUCCUUUGUCUACCACCCCGACCCGUUCUUCAAUGAACUGACCAAGAACAUCAUCACUGAAACCUCCAUCAUCAUCGUCACGGGUCGUGGUUUCAGCAAGGCCAUGACAGCUGAAGAAGCCCAGGCAUUCGUAGGAGAUGCGUCCUGUAAGGUGACCAUCCUGCAGGAUGACAAGCUGUUCCUGGAAGCUCCGUCCACCCAGCCCAGAGCCCGCUCCAAACGCCAGCGCAGAGACACCAGCUCUGACCCUUUGGACCUAACGAUAAAGUUUGGUAAUGGUGAGUGGGUGGUGGGCUCAGUGAACUAUGAGAGGAAGUAUGAGGUUCCUUUGGCUAUCAUCAUCCCAGCUGUCAUCGUCCCUAUGCUACUGUUCAUAGCUGUGUCCGUCUACUGCUACAGGAGGAAGAGCCAGCAGGCAGAGAGAGAGUAUGAGAAAGUGAAACACCAGUUGGAGAAUCUGGAGGAGAGCGUGAGAGACCGCUGCAAGAAGGAAUUCACAGACCUGAUGAUUGAGAUGGAGGACCAGACUAAUGACCUGAGUGAGGCCAGGAUCCCCUUCCUGGACUAUAAAACCUACACAGACCGGGUCUUCUUCCUGCCCUCUAAAGACGGGGACAACGAUGUCAUGAUCACUGGCAAGCUGGACAUCCCCGAGGGACGGAAGGUCAUCGUAGCUCAGGCCCUCAACCAGUUCUCCAACCUGCUCAACUCCAAGACCUUCCUCAUCAAUUUCAUCAAGACCUUGGAGGGCCGUCCAGACUUUAACGCCAGGUCCAGGGUCUACUUUGCCUCGUUACUAACCGUGGCUCUGCACGGUAAACUAGAGUACUACACAGACAUCAUGAGAAGCCUGCUGCUGGAGCUGAUGGAGGAAUACGUGCACAGCAAGAACCCUAAACUCAUGCUGCGCAGGUCAGAGACGGUGGUGGAGAGGAUGCUGUGUAACUGGAUGUCCAUCUGUCUGUAUCAGUUCCUCAGGGACUCUGCGGGAGAGCCCCUAUACAAGCUGUUCAAGGCCAUCAAGCACCAGGUAGAGAAGGGUCCAGUGGACGCUAAGAUGAAGAAGGCCAAGUACACUCUGAACGACACGGGACUCCUAGGGGACGACGUGGAGUACUGCGUCCUGACCCUGCAGGUGCUGGUGCACGGGGAGGGACCAGACGUGACGCCGGUGAAGGUGCUAAACUGUGACACCAUCUCUCAGGUGAAGGAGAAGAUCAUUGAACAGGUGUACCGCAACCUGCCCUACUCACAGAGACCCAAGGUGGACAGUGUUGCUCUGGAGUGGCGUCCUGGCUCUACAGGGCAGAUUCUGUCAGACAUGGACCUGACGUCACAGAAGGAGGGCAGGUGGAAGAGACUCAACACCCUGGCACAUUACAACGUGAGAGACAAUGCCACGCUGGUGCUGUCCAGAGUGCUUUACACCCAUCGCCAGUUCUACCAGAACCAGGACAGCCAUGAAGAAAAAAACGCCCUGUUGGAAGAUGACAAGGUGUUCCACCUGGUGCGGCCAGCAGACGAGCUGGAUGAGGUCAAAUCUAAGAGAGGAAGUUUGAAGGCCAAGGCCACGACUAAAGCCAUCGCUGAGAUCUACCUGACACGCCUGCUCUCUGUCAAGGGUACUCUGCAGCAGUUUGUGGAUGAUUUCUUCCGCAGUGUGUUGUGUUCUGGAGCGGUGGUUCCUCCUGCUGUUAAAUACUUCUUUGACUUCCUGGAUGAGCAGGCUCUUAAACACGACAACGUUGAGGAGGAGACCGUCCAUAUCUGGAAGACCAACAGCCUGCCCAUGCGUUUCUGGGUGAACAUCCUGAAGAACCCUCACUUCAUCUUUGACGUGCACGUGACGGAGGUGGUGGACGCGUCGCUGUCCGUCAUCGCUCAGACCUUCAUGGACGCCUGCACCAAGACGGAACACAAACUGAGCCGGGAAUCUCCCAGCAACAAGCUGCUCUAUGCAAAGGAGAUCUCCACCUAUAAGAAGAUGGUGGACGAUUACUACAAGGGAAUCAAGCAGAUGGUCCCAGUCAGUGAUCAGGACAUGAACACACACCUGGCUGAGGUGUCCAGGGAACACACAGACACGCUGAAUACCCAGGCAGCCUUGCACCAGCUCUACCAGUAUGCCAGCAAAUACUAUGACGGGAUCAUCCAGUCUUUAGAUGAGGACCCAGCCGCCCAGAGUAAACAGCUGACCCUGCGGCUGCAGCAGAUAGCCGCCGCCCUCGAGAACAAAGUCACCGACCUUUAACCUCUGACCCCAAGAGAGAGGGGGGAGGAGCUAUGGGACCACUCUGUAGACCAAGAUGAGGGGGACCAGAGACUGAGGCAGACUUCAGACUAUUACAGCAUCAACCAUGAAGAGUUACACAUAUCUCUUCCCCUUAGAGACAUGAGAAACUGUGGGAAACUAUUGUGUUUUGGCGAAAAUACUUGUGAAGGAGCAGAGCUACUGGGCCAAAGUGGGACUGGAUGAUCCCUAAUCUAUCUGUCUCCCUCUCUCUCUCUGACUCUAUGGAUCAUAUAGACUGUAUGAGCAAGGGCCUACAGUAUAGUCCCUGAGUGAGCUAGCAAACUGUAAACCCAGCCUAUAGUAUAGUCCCUGAGUGAGCUAGCAGACUGUAAACCCAGCCUAUAGUAUAGUCCCUGAGUGAGCUAGCAGACUGUAAACCCAGCCUAUAUUAUAGUCCCUGAGUGAGCUAGCAGACUGUAAACCCAGCCUACAGUAUAGUCCCUGAGUGAGCUAGCAGACUGUAAACCCAGCCUACAGUAUAGUCCCUGAGUGAGCUAGCAGACUGUAAACCCAGCCUACAGUAUAGUCCCUGAGUGAGCUAGCAGACUGUAAACCCAGCCUACAGUAUAGUCCCUGAGUGAGCUAGCAGACUGUAAACCCAGCCUACAGUAUAGUCCCUGAGUGAGCUAGCAGACUGUAAACCCAGCCUACAGAGGAUAUACGGUACACCACCACUGACCAACCAUAGCAACUAUACCUGUCAGUCUCAUGAUAUACAACCUGGUGUUGAUGACUUACAGCUUGUACAGAUAAUCAGAUGUUUAAUGUGCUCCAGAGUAGACCAGAGUUAGGAGAGUAGUGUUGUAUGUAAAUAUAUUUUUAUGGCACAGGCUUUAUGCAAAAGACGCUUUACAUACCAAGAUGAAAUUAUUUUUUAAAAGGAUGGAUGGGCACAAUAUGUUUGUUAAUUUGUGUUUUUAAAACAUUUCUAGAAGCGAAGAAGCAGGGUGUUCCAUGAUGUCAUAUCCUGUGUUUAAUUGAUUGGUUGCUUACUGUGUAAUCUGCAUUGCCAUUGGCUAGUUAUGACUGGUUAAUCAUGUUGUUCUAAAAAUGGCCGAACUUUGUUUUUGUCAUGAUUUGUAUUAGACUAAAAGAUGAAGCACAUUCAUACUGUACCAUUGAUAUCAACGUCUCACUGAAACUAACUGGUGGACCAAGUUAGAGCUGUCACCUGUUAGGCUUUGGCUUGACUAAGUGCCAAUACACAGUAGAGCUGAAGUUGAACAUCUCAUUUUUAUACAAGAAAUAAACCAUUUGCCUUCAUUUUUCCAUCGUGAGUCCAGAAAUAGUACAUAUGUGGAUAGAUGAAUCAGGGUUCUGUUAAUCUGAAAUGUAACCACUUUAGCUCAAUGCUGAUAGUAUAUCAUGUUUGCUGGUAUGUGUUAUGCCAUAAUUGUUUUUCUGUAUAAUUUUUUUAAACAGUUUAUUUCAAAAUGGCUCUUAUUGUCAUUGUAGACCAUUGCCUGUGUGUGAAACAUGAGACUAGAUAUUGAAAAGAGAAAUGCUAAAAUGAUCAUUACAUAUGUAUAUAAUUGAAUGGUACUUUUAUAAAUCAUUGAGCUGUGAACCACCAUGACUUGUGGAAGUUGUCAACAGUACUGGUACUGCCUUUAUCUAGUGAUCCCUGUCACAACUGUCAAUUCUUCUGAAACCAUUUCAAUGGAUUUCAAACAUCAUCCUUAAAUCAUUUGCCAAAUAGUUUUCACGUCGUCAUCAGCUCGUUUGUUUUAUCUGCUAUGCAACUGCUUCAUCAUUUUGAAUCACUCCUCAAAUAUAUUUUAAUACUAAACCAA